AUGUUCGACUUGAGGACGAAGGUUAUGAUCGGCAUCGCUAGCACUUUGCUGAUUGCUGCAAUUGUGCUGAUAACUGUUGUCCUCUGUCUUUACCUGAAAAUAUCCAAGGCCCUCAGAAUCGCAAGAGAGGCUGAAAGCUGUAUGGAUACAUGCAAGGACCCCCAUGAGAAGAUCAUCUGGGCCAAGCCCAUUAUUGCUGAGACUUGUCGUCCCCUCCAGUGUUGUGAUGAUUGUAACAUCUAUAAGGAUGUUAGCUCCCUGCCACCUUGCUUUUGUGGCACAAAUGAGGGACUCUGA